AGUCAUGGGUGGGGUGGUUGGUUCUUGUAUGUUGUCAUACGUUGUUGUUUCACUUCUCAUUCUUCCAUUCCUUAUGCAAUCCUCACGAUAAAAUUGCCUUGCUCCAAUUUAAAACCUCUCUCAAUUAUUCUUAUAUCUAUGAUUUCAAUUGUGGUAAUGUUGAUACAAAGAUAGGAAUUUGAGAAAAUGGAACAGAUUGUUGCUCAUGGGUUGGGGUUACUUGUCAUCCCAUUUCUGGUCGUGUCAUAGGUCUCGAUGUCUCAUGCAAUGGUCUUUACAUGCAAUGGUCUUUACAGUGAAAUCUUUCCGAACAGUACCUUUUUCUAUUUUUCUCAUCUCCAAUCACUUAAUCUUGCUUUCAAUUAUUUCGACUUUCAACUUUCAUCUCUCUUUGGUGGAUUUAUGAGUCUCACACACCUCAAUUUGUCUAAUUGUUUAUUUGAAGGUGAAAUUCCUUCUCAAAUCUCACAACUUUCCAAAUUAGAAUCACUUGAUCUUUCUCUUAAUAUGUUAGAGUGGAAAGAAAGCAAUUAGAAGAAGUUCCUCCAAAAUGCAACACUUUUAAAGGAGCUUAUUUUGGAUUAUGUAGAUAUGACUGAAAGUUCAAUGAGGCCACUCAAUCGAUCUACCUCUUUAUUUAGUCUUAGUCUCAAUAACACUGGAGUAUGGCGAAACUUUAAAAAUGGCGUCUUAUGCUUACCAAAACUUCAACAGUUGCACUCGUCACAUAAUUUAUACAGUGUCAGAGGCCAGCAUCUUCCCACCUUGAGUUGCAGUGCUACUUCUCUCACCAUAUUAGAUCUUUCAUAUAAUCUUUUUGAGGGGCCAAUCCCUGCCUCUUUCUCCAAUCUCACACAUCUUACUUUCCUUGAUCUCUCAUAUAACUAUCUGAAUGGUUCAAUCCCAUCCUCUCUUUUAACACUUCCACAUUUAACUUUUCUAGAUCUCAGAAUCAAUCAAUUCAGUGACCAAAUCCCAAAUGUCUUUCCCCAAUCAAAUAAGUUUCAAGAAUUAGAUUUGAGUAAUAACAAUAUAGGAGGUGAACUACCAUCGACGCUUUCAAAUCUUCAACAUCUCAUUCACUUGGAUCUUUCAUUGAAUAAAUUGAGUGGUCAAAUUCCAUUGUCAAUUCUAAAUCUUCAAUAUCUCAUUUCCUUAGAUCUUUCAGAUAAUAGAUUGGAGGGUCCUCUGCCUAAAAAAAUAACAAGUCUUUCAAAGCUAACCCGAUUACACAUCAAUGACAACUUACUAAAUGAAACAAUUCUUGUUUGGUGUUUAUCUUUGCCAUCUUUGCUAGAACUAGAUCUAUCAAAUAAUCAGUUCACAGGACAUAUAAGUGAUAUAGUGUCACAAACCUUUGAGUUUCUGUAUUUGUGCAAAAACAACCUACAGGGCAAUAUUCCACAGUCAAUCUCCACUCUUGUAAAUCUUCGCGAAUUAUGUUUAUCAUCAAACAACUUUAGUGGUUUUCACAACGUCAAUUACAACUUCCUUAGGUUAGAGAUAUUGUAUUUAUCUUCUUUAGGUCUGACUGAAUUUCCAAAAUUUGUAGGAAAAGUCCCAAUGUUGACAGAACUUGAUCUAUCCAACAACAAAUUGAAUGGAACAAUUCCCAUGUGCUUACAUGAAAUGGAUUCAUUAACAUAUUUGAACCUAUCCCAAAACUUGUUUACAACUCCAGUCAAGCAAUUCUCAAGGAACUACAAACUCUUCUACCUUGAUCUUAGUUUCAAUUUACUAACUGGCGACAUCUCUUCCUCCAUUUGUAAUGUAAGUUCACUUAAAGUUCUGUAGGGUACUCGUUUAAAAAAUAUCCGCGGAUAUUUUGAAACCUGCGGGUACCCGUGAAU